UGAAAAGGGCUCUGACUCCUUUACAUACAUCUGCGCUUCCUCUACCAGCCAGGAGCUCUGUUAGAACUGCUUGCUGCUCCUUUCUGCCCAGCAAGGACAUCUGCCAGCUUAACUCUUAGCCCUCACAUUAACAGCAGAGGGGCUGAAAUGAAGAGCGUUUUCCCUCGGCAGCUAUCGAGAGGAAGAAGUUUGCUGCUGCUUGCUGGUUUGUAUUUAUUCUGUUAGCCAAAGCAUAGAAGCACGCGUGGGUGCAAGGUACAGCUGGUGCUUGGAAGGCCUUGGGUUGCUGGAGGGGCACGGAGGGUCCUGGGAGCAUCAGGUCUGAGCAGGCUCCAGCUGGCUGUGAGCACGGUGCCUGGAUGUCAAUGCUUACCCCACAACUCCUGCUGCCUUUCGUGGCUUUUGGGCAUCGACGUGAGCAAGUGCUGCUGCCAGCUCGGAGCUGCUGCUCUGGCUUAACGUGGGAAGGCAGGAGCAUCUGUCCCCCACUGCUUUCCUAUUAGCGGGCUGCUAUAAGGCAAAAAGCCAUCUGCCUGCAGAGGUUGGGGUUUGUGAUAUUUGCUAACCCAGGAAAACACUGCUACAGGAAGGCAGUCAGGCAUGAAGGAUGAGAGAACCUCUUUCUCAGAGUUCACCGAAAUGGGAAUUUCCUGCAGGUUGCUUUCCCAUUGACCCAUGGUUCAUCUGUGUACCCUUCUUAGAGCUGCUGAAGAGGCUCAAAAUGGGGUGGUGGCCCCAUGUUCCUUCCUGGAGCAUGCUCUGCCUCAAGGUUAGUGCUACCAGCUAGGGCCUUGUUUUCACAGGCAGCCUCUAGUGCCAGGUUCGUGCUGAUCUUGCUAAGCACUUUGGCUCCUGAGGACAUCUGCAGCUGGUUCAGAAAGGUUUCCACAAAGCACAGCCAUUUAUUGUGAGCCAGCAUUUGCAGAGUAAUCCCAUACAAGUCAUUAGCUGGGUCGCUACAGCUUGUCCUGGGAUCUGCCCAGGGAAACCCAGAGCUGUCUGGGGCUCAGUGGUACCUCAGCUCUGUGCUGAGUCUGACCUGGCCCAUGGUAGGGUAGCCCUGGCAACUUUGGUUUGCUUCCUCCCAUGAUUUUGUUUAAUUUCUGCUGUCUCUCCUUUGUUAAAAUCAGUGUAGGCCAGUUAAUGUCCUGAUGCAAAGGGUGCACCCCCCUUUGCUGUGCCAUCUAUCUGGUGAUAUCAAGGGCAGGAGCGUCACAUUCUGAAUGUUCAUAAAUUAUCAGGGAAACAGCUUUCGCCCCUUGAACUUUUUUUCAUUCCUUCAUUGUGUUAAUUAAUACGUUGUUUAAGCUGUAUGUCAGUCCCUGUUCUUGCUUGCUGUAGAUGAGGCUGGCUUGUCAGUGCUUGGCCUCCUUUUCCCAUCAGUUCAAGUGGAGCUGUUACACGUUAGUUCUCCAACAGCACUUUGAUUACCUCUCAUAACACAGCACUGUCAAUGCAGACUGACCAAUACAGCAGUUCAAUGAGUGUGUUGCUCUUGACAAGCCUUAUUUGCCCUGGAUAAGUCAGGUAGAAUAUCUUCAGCUGCAGGUAAUAGGCACUAACAUCCUCUCUGUGUGUUAUCUGAAGGCUUCCUGAUCUCUCUUUCACCCGAAGGGGCUUCCUUGUCUCCACUGCAGCAAGAUGCAGAGCCUGAACUAACUCUGAGCAGGGAACUGUGGAGUCCAGAAACAGCAGAUCUGCUUUAAGUGAGGCUCUUGCCCUGGGAGCUGCCCUGGCAGUGUGUGGGCCAUCAUCCUCAGCGGGGAACCAGAGACAGCAAUCACAGCUAAGUGUUAGAUGAUAGCAUGUUUUGCUGGCUGCUCUGAUGCAUUAUGUUUUCCACCAUCUGUAUUUGCACUGUGUUGGAGGCUUGCUUGCCCUGCUAGGGCUGGGCUGCCAUCCCUCCAGCACUGUGUGGUGUUUAGAGGGUGGAGAGGAGAUGGCAAGCUUUCUUGCAGCCGUUACUUUGCUAUGCUGAUGCCUCGUCUCCCCACACUUGCUCAUUUCUUCAAAUAUUGCUGCUCUCAGUGAACCCUUAGCAGCUGUCAGUCCCUGUUCCUGAAGUGAUGUGCAAUUCUGAGCUCCCUGCUGUGCUUGGGAUGGUCCUUGUGCUGACACUGCUGACUGCUCCCUGCUCCAGUACUUGGCCUGUUGUGCUUUUUUAGCCUGCAAAGCCUCCUUCCCAAAUGCUCCUGAAGAGCUUCCUUUUGGAGCAGAGCUGCAGGAGCCAAAACGGUCUCUGCUCUUGCAGAAAGAAGCCUGCAGACCUGGAUCCUCUCCCCUCAGCCACUGCUGCCCUGGAUGGUGUUUGUUGGCAGGCGUUGCUCCCAGUGCUCCUGCUUACCUCGUGCUCUCCCAAGAGGAACAAGCUUCACAUGAUGGCUUUGGAAGGAUGAGCCCUGGCUCCGUGCAGCUGCUGUGACUGGUUUACUGGGCACAGCACGAGAUCCCUCCUCCUUGAAGGACAUUCACUGUUUUUUGAAGCCAUGACUGCCAGCAGAGUGAUGUACAGAAGACGGGCUCCUGACUGGUCUCCCUCUCAAUCCAGCACGCUGCCUGCCUGCUGUGCUUUCCCCUGGAGCAUCCUUCAGCCUGUCCAGAAAAACAAGCGAAGGAUGAAAAAUCAGAGUAAUGGCCAAGGAGACGACAUCCACUUGGCUUCUCUUGCCCGUGGUGUGAGCGAUUUGUCUAGCUAAGGCAUUGCAGUGGAGUGAGACCAGGAGCAGGAGGACGGCGCUGCAGCGGCAGCAGCAAGCUUAGCUUCGUUUUGGAGGACUGAAGUCCAAACCAGCUGCGCAGGUUUGCAGUGAUUUUGGAGCUAAUUACAACCAAGCAGGAUAGGUCGCUGCCAUUACCAUCAUCUGGAAAAGGGAGUUCUUAUUGCUCAGCUCCUCAGUAAGUGACGUGAGGUGUGAGAAAGGAGGUGCUUCUGUGAGGUUGUUGAUGGCUACCUCUCCAUCCUGAGCUUCCAUCCCAGGACAAUGUCUCUUUGAACUGCCCAAAGCUUCUCUUCUGCUGCUGCUCUGAACUCCUCUUAGGAGAUUUCUGCCUGUGAAUAGAUCUGUCUUUUCCAGCUUUGCUCAGGAAAGCUUUAGUUACACGAGGAGUUUUCAUCUUACCUUUCAAAGCUCAGUCUCAGCCUUUUUCCCUAUGAGAUGCAGGUCUCUGGCUGGCAUGCCCUCUCUUCUGGCUCUCCGUGCUGAUGGGCACCUGGAAGACUCCUGUAAGGCUGGGAGAACACCUGUGGUCCCUGCACCUUCUGCCCACUGGGCAAAAGCAGAGUGAGGGGCCCAAGCUGCCCCGGUUCCUGAGCUGGCUCUGCUUUGGAUAGCACGAGGGCAUCCAUCAGGUUGUGCUGGUUUUAAAAAGCUGAGCGUGGAUGCAGACUCACUCCUGGUUUCAUGCAGAAGGAAAUCCUUUCUGAUAAGCUGCUGCUGUUUCAAACAGAUGAUAAAUCUCUGCAGGUAGAACUCCCUGUGCUAGCAGUUUGACCCCUAAUGAAGUAUUUACCAGGAUGGCAACUCACUCUGCCUUGGGAAAUAUUGUCCUUUCACCUGUGUGCAGCUCUCACUUCUUUUGCAAAGCCCAUGGUUUAAGGAGAGCAUCAAAGCAGCCAGCAAUCCUCUUCCCACCUUCCCAGUCUCUCUCCAUGCCCUCUGCAGAUGCAGUUUGCCAGAGACCCUGUGGCUCUGCACCUUGGAGAGCAAAGAGCUGCACAUCUUUGUGUUUGGGAUGCUGUGUCCUCUUAGCAGCAAUCAGAGAGCAGCAACCCGGGACCAGGGGAGUGGUGAAUCUGGUGAAAGUGCCACUCGUGCUGGCUGUGAGCAAUGGAAAUAGAGCAAGGGGCUGCUGCUGACCCUGGUGUGUGCACCCUGAGGUGGCUGUUUGGGAUGGAGGCGUCUUCAGAAUUGAGCUUUUUGGGGAGGUUGCACUCUUUUGUCCAUGUUUUAAUGAUUUGUUUCAGCAGGGCCAGGCAUCUUCCUCUGCCGUGCUGUCAUGACCUUUGCGGUGAGGUUGUGCAUGGAGAAAUGUGCUGAACCACAACGUUGCCAUGGAAAUCGGGGCUGGGAGGGGACCAGCCUGCUCCUGCUAAUUGCUGUGGCUUUGUGACCCCAUCCGUCCAUCCUCCUGCCUCCUGAAACCUGCUUGGCUGGAAGACGGGUGGAGGUGGAUACAGGGAGGUUUUGUGCAAAACCAGGCUGCCGAAGAGCCUUCAUUCAUGGGGAGCAAAGUGGGAACAGAGCACGUGGCUCUGCGAGACACGCCAGGGAGCAGCACAUCCAUCCAAGGUCACUGUCCCUUGUGCUGCAAGAGACAAAUCCCCUCCAAGGGCCGAGAGCUCCGGGAUGCUUCCUGCGCAGCCGAAAUGGGCCCCACGAGGACCAUCCUGGUGCUCCCAGCCAAGGAUGCUCUUGGUCCAGGGAUGCUCCCAGCAGAGCAGCUGUGGGAGGCGGCACCGGGGAGGGGACAAGAGCGGGCCCGGCCCCAUUCCCCGCCUCGCUGCCACAAAACGGGAGCCGGGAGCUGGCUCGGCUUCACACUCUCCCCUCCAACCCUACCGAAACGGGAUAUCCCUCAUUAAACCUUGGACUGAACCCAAGCCGGCACCGAACCGAGCCGUGCGCGGUCAGGAGGGAUGUAGAGAUCAGCACCGCGGAGAGCGGCCGUGCCGAGCCGUGCCGGGGCCAUGGCCAGCGUGCAGCAGGGCGAGAAGCAGCUCUUCGAGAAGUUCUGGCGAGGAACCUUCAAAGCCGUGGCCACACCGCGACCGGAGAGCAUCAUCGUGGCCAGCAUCACCGCCCGCAAACCGCUGCCCAGUGGGACGCUCAGCUGCCUGCCGUACUCUGCCGAGGAUCGACGUCCUGAGAAGCUGAGCAGCUGUGUGUCCAAGGAGACCUCCACCACUAAUGGCUGGGCAAGAGGGAAGGAGAGACGUGGCCAUGCUCACCACAGGUCACGCAGCCCCUCGUGUGAUGGGGAACGUGCACCGCUGCCGGCCCGGGGGAAGAAGAAGAAGAAGAAAUCCAGCCGCAAGAAGCGACGGAGGUCUCCUUCCUACAGCCCCUCUCCUGUGAAGAAGAAGAAAAAGAAGAGCUCCAAGAAACGAAAAAGAAACAGGUUAUCCUCAAAGAAGAGAAGACACAGUUCCUCAAGCCCCAAAAGUAAGAGAAAGGAAGAAAGAAAACACAAAAAACACUCUCGUGGGCGCACCCGGAAAGCUCACCGCCACCGCCGCUGCCACUCUCGUUCAGAGAGCUCUGACUCCUAUUCCCCGAGCUGCCGGAGCAGGCACAGAGCCAGGUCUCGGGAGGAAGGGCGUAAAGCAAGGCGGAGACGUUCCCAGCACCAUGCAAAAGUCCCAGCAAAGAGAAGCUCCUCUGCAGAGGUUCAGGCCAGCCAAACCCUGCCACUGCACAGCUUCCUGUCUCCUAAGGAAGUCAUCUCUCAGUCAGGGUCUUCUGCUGACCUCUUUACCAAAACAGACAGCCCACCUGGCCACCUAACCAGCCAGAACGGAGAGUGUCAUGAAUAUGACUCAGGAAACGACACUUCUUCCCCUCCCUCCACUCAAACGAGCUCAUCCAGGUCAAAGGACAGCCAGGAGAAACGAAGCGUAGCCCACGAUGGCUUUGGCCAUGCCUUCUCAUCCGGGAAGCCCAAAGUGGCCAAUGGUGAUAACAGCUCUGAUUCAGGAAAUUCCUUCACCAGUUGCUUUUCGCAGACCAAGGCAACGGCUUCGGAAAAUCUGUCUCCAAAUCCGCAGGGACAAGACCAAAGAGGAUGCCUGUCCUCGUGUCUCAGCUGCUCAGAGGAGAAGAAGCGCAGUGUCCCCCCAUCGCCAGCCCGCAGCUCACCACUCAGGCCGUGCCCCCGCAGUGAGUCGUGCAGCAGCACAGGACGCUCCUCCCCUGGCUCCAGCUGCUCCUCACCCCGCAGGGCCUCCCCCAGGUACUCCCGCAGCAGGUCCUGCUCUUCAGGGAAGAGCCACAGGUCUUCUUCACGGUCCCCCAGCUAUUCCUCCAAAUCCUGCAAAAAAAGCCCUGGAAGCAGGAGCUCAAAGACUCGCCGAAGCCCCAGUUACUCCCACUACAGCCCUAUGAGGGACCGUGAGCACAAGCACAGCUCCAGUGAGAAGGAGUCACACCGGCAGCGGGACCGGCAGCGCCGGCGUUCCUAUUCUCCCCUGAGGAAGCGCAGGAGGGAUUCCCCCAGCCACCUGGAGGCCCGGCGCAUCACCAGCGCCCGCAAACGCCCCAUCCCCUACUACCGGCCCAGCCCGUCCUCCUCCAGCAGCGCCAGCAGCUAUUCCUCCUGGUACAGCAGUCUCAGCCGCUCCCCUAGCCGGAGCCGGAGCUACUCCAGCCACCGGACGAGCCGCAGCCGCAGCUGGAGCAGCAGCAGUGCAGAGAGCAGGAGCCGCAGCAGGAGCUCAGGCCCCAGGAGCAGCCGCAGCCGGAGCAGGAGCUGUGACUCAGGAGGCAGCUCCGACAGCCUGCGUCGCUAAGGAGUGCCGCCG